AUGGCCAUGGCCCGGCGUUCUGCCUCCCAUCUCCUAUCCUCCUUCCGCCCCUUUUCCCUCCUCCUCCAGCCGCACCUCGCUGACUCCCCCUCGCCGGCGGCCGCGGCCGCGGCGGCGUCGGCUCGGCGGGCGAUGUCGGCGGCGUCGGCCCUACGUGCACGGGACGAGAAGGAUGUGGCGCGGUGUCGGGAGUCGAUGGCCCGGAUGCGGAAUAUCGGCAUCUCCGCGCACAUCGACUCCGGGAAGACGACGCUCACAGAGCGGGUCCUCUACUACACCGGCCGGAUCCACGAGAUCCACGAGGUGCGCGGCCGUGACGGCGUCGGCGCUAAGAUGGACUCCAUGGACCUCGAGCGCGAAAAGGGGAUCACCAUUCAGUCUGCUGCCACCUACUGCACCUGGAAGGAUUACCAGAUUAAUAUUAUUGAUACUCCAGGUCACGUGGAUUUCACCAUUGAGGUUGAAAGGGCACUCCGUGUUCUUGAUGGUGCUAUACUUGUGCUAUGUAGUGUUGGUGGUGUACAAAGUCAGUCGAUCACUGUUGAUCGGCAAAUGAGAAGAUAUGAAAUCCCAAGGGUUGCAUUCAUUAACAAGUUGGACCGUAUGGGAGCUGAUCCAUGGAAGGUUCUUAACCAGGCGCGAUCCAAGCUCCGUCAUCACAAUGCAGCUGUACAAGUACCCAUAGGAUUAGAAGAGGAGUUUGAGGGCCUUGUUGACCUUGUAGAAAUGAAGGCUUAUAAGUUCGAUGGUUCUAGUGGCCAGAAUGUAACUGCUUCCGAUGUUCCAUUGAACAUGGAGGAUUUAGUCACUGAGAAGCGUCGUGAACUUAUUGAAGUUGUUUCUGAAGUAGAUGAUCAGCUUGCUGAAGCUUUUCUCAAUGAUGAGCCAAUAACAGCUAAUCAGCUUAAGGCGGCUAUUCGAAGAGCCACGGUGGCACAGAAGUUCAUACCAGUAUACAUGGGAAGUGCAUUCAAAAAUAAGGGUGUUCAACCGCUUCUUGAUGGCGUGCUGGAUUAUCUACCAUGCCCGUUGGAGGUUGAUAACUAUGCCCUUGAUCAAAACAAAUCCGAAGAGAAGGUAUUAUUGGCUGGAACUCCAGCUGAACCACUUGUGGCAUUAGCGUUUAAGCUAGAGGAAGGUCGUUUUGGUCAGCUGACCUAUCUAAGAAUCUAUGAUGGCAUUAUACGGAAGGGUGACUUCAUAUACAAUGUCAAUACAGGGAAGAAAAUCAAAGUUCCUCGCUUGGUAAGGAUGCACUCUAAUGAGAUGGAGGAUAUUCAAGAAGCAUAUGCUGGCCAAAUUGUUGCUGUUUUUGGUGUUGAUUGUGCAUCAGGCGAUACAUUUACAGAUGGAACAGUGAAAUAUACUAUGACUUCAAUGAAUGUCCCUGAACCUGUGAUGUCUUUGGCAGUUUCACCUAUAUCUAAAGACUCUGGAGGACAAUUUUCAAAAGCUCUGAAUCGCUUCCAAAGGGAGGAUCCUACUUUCCGUGUGGGUUUGGAUGCUGAGAGUGGCCAGACAAUUAUUUCAGGGAUGGGUGAGCUGCAUCUGGAUAUAUAUGUUGAACGUAUUAAGAGAGAGUACAAGGUGGAUGCAAAGGUAGGGAAACCUCGUGUUAACUUCAGGGAAACAAUCACCCAGCGUGCUGAAUUUGAUUAUUUGCACAAAAAGCAAUCUGGCGGUCAAGGUCAGUAUGGCCGAGUUUGUGGGUACAUUGAGCCUCUUCCAUCAGGUUCUGAUGGUAAAUUCGAAUUUGAUAACAUGAUUAUUGGACAAGCAAUUCCUUCAAACUUUAUACCAGCAAUAGAGAAGGGUUUUAGGGAAGCUUGCAAUUCGGGUUCAUUGAUUGGUCAUCCUGUUGAAAAUUUAAGAAUUGUACUGACUGAUGGGGCUUCACAUCAGGUGGAUUCCAGCGAACUUGCUUUUAAGCUAGCUGCUAUCUAUGCUCUUCGACAGUGUUACACUUCUGCCAAACCUGUAAUAUUAGAACCUGUGAUGAAGGUGGAACUCAAAUUUCCAACGGAGUUCCAGGGCACAGUAACUGGUGAUAUGAACAAGAGAAAAGGGAUCAUUGUUGGAAACGAGCAGGAAGGUGACGACACCAUUGUAGUUUGCCAUGUUCCGCUAAACAAUAUGUUUGGAUAUGCAACAGCUAUUCGAUCAGUGACUCAGGGGAAAGGUGAAUUUACAAUGGAGUACCUGGAGCAUAAUGUUGUGUCGCAGGAUGUGCAGAUGCAAUUAGUGAAUUCAUACAAGGCGGCCAAGGGCACAGAGUGA